UGCGAACCUUCCUUGUAUACGAAGGCUUGAAAGUGACGAAAGGACCGCGCGACGCCGGGUCGAACGCUCGCAACGUAGCUUUUGCCCAGCAACGCGAGUGACACUACACCCGCUGCGUUUGGCCAAGUGGAGGAGUCGAAAGCCAAAGGUUUUUUGGCCAUGGCGAUUGCCCCCAUUUCUUUUUCCCUUUUGUUUUCUUCUUUUCUUUUGUGUGGUCGACAAAUUCCAUCACUUUAGUUUCGCGCGCAGAGCUUUUAAGAUGUGAGCUUUGAGGCGAAGCACUGGAGGAGAGAAACGAUGGCCGUUCACUGCACUUGCCUGCACUUUUCUUGCAGACUUCCCGUCGUGUCGCCUUCUUUAUCCCCGGUACAGCCUACCCAGUCCAUUUCGACCCAUAAGGGCUCGAGCUGCUUCAACUCGGAGGCACUCAAGCUCUGCACUCGCAGGUUGGAGGGUCCUGUUCCCUCUGUUGUUUCGGAAGGAAGCGCGGUUGAAACGAGCUCUUCCACCUCUGGUUUCUAUAAACUCACUUACUUAGAGGGGAACAGUUGGCUUUGGGAUGUGGGUGGAUUGAGGCUUUUGGUUGAUCCAAUCUUGGUGGGUAACUUGGACUUUGGCAUCCCCUGGCUCUACGAUGCUGCCAAGAAAUUCUUGAAGAAUUUCCAGCUCAGCGAUCUUCCUGAUGUUGAUUACUUGGUAAUUACCCAAAGCCUGGAUGAUCACUGCCACUUGAAGACGUUGCGGCCACUUUCGGAAAUGAAACCAGAUCUGAGAGUGGUUGCUACUCCCAAUGCCAAGCCUUUACUGGAUCCCCUUUUCAGAAAUGUCACUUAUUUAGAACCUGGCCAAAGCUGUGAAGUGGAAGCAAGAACGGGUCCAAAGGUCAGAAUUCAGGCCACUCCAGGACCAGUUUUAGGUCCUCCUUGGCAAAGGCCUGAGAACGGGUUUCUCGUAUCUCUACCAGGACAAUUGAGUCUUUACUAUGAACCCCACUGUGUUUAUAACAAGAGUUUGCUGGAGAAAGAACGGGCUGAUAUUGUUAUUACACCGGUUAUUAAGCAGCUUCUUCCAAAUUUUACCUUGGUCUCAGGGCAAGAGGAUGCUGUUCAACUUGCUAAGCUGCUGCAGGCCAAGUUUGUCGUUCCGAUGAAGAAUGGAGACCUCGACGGCAAAGGAUUUCUCGCUAGUAUAAUCCAGGCUGAAGGAACAAUAGAAUCGUUUAAGGAGCUCUUGUCUAAGGAAAUGCCAGAUGCUCAAGUGCUGCAACCUACUCCUGGAGUACCCCUUGAGAUAUAACCUUGACUUGCUGUCGUUUGGAAGUGUAUGUUCACACAGCCAACGUUUAUUUCGAGUUUCAACCAUCGUGCAGCUGCACUGUGAGCAGAGGGCCCCAAUGCAGCUAUCUUGUUGGAGAAACUCAUUCUCAGGCUCGUACAUGUAAUCCUGUAAUGGUUUUCAGUGGAAUACCUGAAUAUGUCCUAUGUAUAUAUCAGGCACAAUAUUUCCAGCAUCUUGUGUCUUGAUCGGUUUCGAAAGUACUCUCGAUCUUCGUACUUGUCCUAUCCAGUUAGGGUGGUUCCAGGGGCUUCUAUACAAACGAAGUGCUUGAUCUAAAAGUCGGGUAUGGUAUACAUAGAUAGGAGAUGUAAUUACAUUUCCAUUUACUAUCUGCAUUUCUCAUCUACGGUUAACAGUCUAAUUCCUGUUGAA